AUGCUCUUCAACAAGGCCAACUUCUGCAUCGCAGGAGCAUUACUAGGGCUAUCAGCCACAGCGCUUCCUCUGGAUGCGAGAGGUGAAUCUUCUAAAGCAUCUCAUGGUGCCAAAGCCAUCUAUUUCCUGACAAAUGAGGACUCGAACUCGGUGGUCGCCAUCCCAAUCGGCCGCAACGGUACGCUGUCGGGAGGUGCGACAAUUGCUACUGGCGGGAAGGGUGGUAGUACCGUUAAUGCUACUGGCGGUGCUAAUGGUCCAGACGCUUUGGGAUCGCAGUCUGCUUUGGCCGUUGUUGACGACUUUCUCUUUGCCGUCAAUCCCGGAUCGAACACCUUGAGCAUGAUGAGGAUUUCAAAAACAAAUCCGACAGAUCUAAACCUUGUUGGCGAACCAGCCACCCUCCCGGGUCAGUUCCCCGUGACAGUUGCGGCAUCAAGCAAGAACAGCCUAGUGUGUGUUGGCACCACAGGUGCUCAGGCCGGAAUAUCCUGCGCUUCCUACUCCGUUAAAGGCUUGGGUGACAUGAGCCCAUUGACUACAUUCAACUUGAACCAAACCACACCUCCAUCUGGACCCUUGAACGGUGUGGCACAAACUUUCUUCUCCGAGGACGAGUCCCGCUUGAUCACAACUGUGAAAGGUGACCCUACCAGGAACAACACCGGAUUUGUUUCCGUGUUGCCAAUUGAGAACUUUUACUCGUAUCCUGGUGCCCAUGAUACGAGAAGCUCCCCUAACGGUACCGCUGUUCUGUUCGGUUCAACAGUCAUCCCUGGAACUUCGACCAUCUUCGCGACAGACGCUUCUUUUGGAGCUGCAGUUCUCCAAGUCAACCCUUUCACAGACGAAGUUUCGCUGGUGUCCAAGCAAACGCUUGAAGGUCAGAAAGCAACUUGCUGGGCCGCUUAUUCCGAGCAAAGAGAGAGUGUUUUCGUGACAGAUGUCGCACUCAAUCGUAUUGUUGAAAUGAGUGCAGUGGACGCCCAGAUCAUAUCAACUAUCGACCUCGAUAAUGGUGACCCUGGCCUGAUUGACCUCAAAAUCUCCGGUCGCUAUAUUUAUGCUCUUUCCCCAGGAAAUGGCACCACUGCUUCGGCUGUUACCGUUGUGGAUUCUUUCGUCGGAAAGCAGAUUCAGAAUUUCCCCGUCGGUAGUCUUGGUGCCAGCAGAAGUUCACAAGGAAUGGCAAUUCUGGAAUAG